AUUCACCCUGGAAAACUUGGAGCAGUUCCAGCAAAUGUUAAGCGACAAGACACCGAUGUUCCAAGUGGAUGCCGCGCUGGUGCCGCCCGACAUCACCAUGCGGCCCACCUCGCCCGAGGUCUGCAACAUCGUCGGGUACAACAUCAAGCACUUCCUCAACAGAUUGACAACCUUCCCACGAUGGAUGAAGAAAACCUGCCUGCCGUGUCCGCCUCAGCGCAUAGCCGAAGCGACCGGCAACGAGUUCUAUGUGUUUUCGUACUUCGAAGACAUCUUACGUGUGGUAGCCAUCAAUGACGUCACCAUGCUCAUACAAGACACCAUCUAUCGACUGACAAUGGACAUCAAUACUUAUAUUCAGAAGUGGCAGAAAUACCAACACCUAUGGGCGUUCGACAAAAAUCUGUCAUGCGAAAAGUACAUUCAGAAGCACGAACAAAUCUUCAAGUACGAUGAGAAGUUCUUCUUCUUCGAAGAUAUAAUAUCAGACUUGGAUGCCCACGUUAAAUACGUGGACGUUGGGGCCAUAAGAGUGAAUCUUCGGCCUAUCAUCAGCCAAGUACAGGGACAUGCGCAGGAGUGGAAGAACAUUCUGGGCAACUGCAUCGCGUCCAAGACCAGAAUGAAUAUGUACGAUUUGAAGAACCAAAUAGAGUCUCUUCGCAUGACGAUGAACAUGAACAUCAAAGGGCUGGAAGACUUCAAGCUGGUGAUGGCGACCAUAGGUCAAGUGCAAGCGCUCACCAUCACCGCCGAGGUCAAAUACCGCGGCAUGCAGGAAAUCUUCCACAUGCUGAGACAGCAUGGUAUUGAUGUAUCAGAUGACGAUCUUCAGUUCGCAAAGAACCUGGAAUCAUCCUGGGGAAGCCUAUACCAAACCUCGCUCUUCCGUGGCAACACUCUUGAACAGACCAAGGAGAAGUUCUCCAAACUCAACGUGGUGGAGAUAUCGAACUUCCUGAAGGAGCUUGAUGAUUUCGUCGAGAAGUUUGAUAAUGAGGGCCCGGGUAUUGUGGGCGACGAUAUGGACAGAGGACUGGUGCUUAUGGAGGAAUACAAUAAAUACUUCGACGAGCUAGAGUCUCGUAAAAAGAUGUUGCAAGCGGCUGAGCAAUUGUUCGACAACCCUCUAGCCGACUUUUCCAACUUCAACCGCGCGAAAACCGACUUUCUGGCGAUGGACCAAGUCUACAAGAUCUACAAGGCACAGAAGAAUGCUAGGGAAGUGUGGGCCAAGACGUUGUGGGUUAAUCUGAACCCGCAAGCGUUGGUAGACGGCAUUGAACAGUUCUUCAAAGAAUACAGGAAACUCCCAAAAGCCGUCCGACUUACGAACACUGGUCUUAUGCUGGACCUAAAGAUGAAGCAGUUCAAAGGAGUAGUGCCUCUUAUGGUGUCGCUAAAGAACGAAGCCAUGAGAGAAAGACAUUGGAAAGAACUAAUGGCUAAAACUGGCCAGGACUUUGAUAUGUCACCGGAACGAUUCACUUUGGAGAACAUGUUUGCUAUGGAGCUGCAUAAGUACCAAGACGUUGCUGAGGAAAUUGUUAAUCACGCUAUAAAAGAAUUAGCCAUCGAGCGCGGUGUUCGUGACGUGCAAGAGACAUGGGGAGCUAUAUCCUUCACCGUGGCGCGCCACUUCAACAGAGGGGAGGAUCGUGGUUACACCCUCAACCCUUGCGACGAAGUGGUCGUCAAACUGGACGAGGAUGCCAUGACGCUGCAGAGCAUGGCUGCUUCACAGUUCAUCGGCCCAUUCCUCUCAGUCGUUCACACGUGGGAAAGGCGCCUAGCAUUGAUAUCCGAGGUCAUUGAGGAGUGGAUGGCCACGCAGCGAAAGUGGCUCUACUUGGAAGGCAUCUUCGUGGGCGGAGACAUCAGAGUCCAACUGCCAGAGGAGGCCAAGAAGUUUGACGAUAUUGACAAGUCUUUUAGAAAGAUUAUGUUGGAUACAGCCAAAAGACUAAACGUGGUCGACUGCUGCACUAUAAGCGGUAGAUUAGAAGAAUUCGUCAACCUAGGGCUUGGUCUACAAAAGUGUCAAAAGUCCCUGAACGACUACUUGGAUUCGAAGCGUCGUGUGUUCCCAAGAUUCUUCUUCAUAUCAACAGACGAGUUGCUCUCAAUUCUUGGCAGCAGUGAGUGUAGUUGCGUCCAGGAGCAUAUGAUCAAGAUGUUUGACAACAUCAGAGCUCUAGACUUAUACGUAGAUCAUACUAAUCGUCCAGUAGCUGCCAAGAUGAUCUCUGCUGAAGGAGAGAUAAUGGACUUCAGAAAAGUGGUAUACACUGAAGGCAGAGUCGAAGAUUGGAUGAACUUGGUACUUGUAGAAAUGCGUAACACUAAUAAGUUUAUCACCAAAAAGGCUAUAUUCUACUAUGGAAGAAACUGGAAGGUGCCAAGAACGGAAUGGAUCCUCGAGUAUCAAGGCAUGGUUUGUCUAGCAGCUAACGGCGUGUGGUGGACAGCCGAAACGGAAGAAACGUUCAUUCGUAUAAGAAAAGGCAAUAAAAGGGCAAUGAAGGAACAUUUGCAGCAACAGAACGAGCAACUGGACGGACUUGUAGUCAAAGUGCGACUAGACCUAUCCUCAAACGACCGGCUGAAAUUCCGCACUAUAACAACAAUCGACGUGCACGCACGAGACAUCAUCGAGGGAUUCGUGCGAGAUAACGUGACAGAAGCCGCCGAGUUCGACUGGGAGAGCCAGCUGCGAUUCUACUGGCUGAAGAAAGACGACAAUCUAUGGAUCAGGCAGUGUACUGGGGUAUUUGAAUACGGCUACGAAUACAUGGGUCUGAACGGCCGGCUAGUGAUCACGCCGCUGACAGAUCGAAUCUACCUUACUAUCACGCAAGCUCUCACCAUGCAGUUGGGAGGAGCUCCUGCAGGCCCAGCUGGCACCGGCAAGACAGAAACAACGAAAGACCUCGCCAAAGCAUUAGGUCUGCUUUGCGUUGUCACAAACUGCGGGGAAGGCAUGGACUUCCGAGCAGUAGGCCAGAUCUUGGCUGGACUGUGUCAAUGCGGCGCGUGGGGCUGUUUUGAUGAAUUCAACCGUAUUGAUAUAUCCGUGCUGUCUGUCAUAUCUACGCAGCUACAGUGCAUAAGAAGUGCACUGCUUAUGAAGUUGAAGAGAUUUACUUUCGAAGGUCAAGAGAUCUCAAUGGACAACAAAGUAGGCAUCUUCAUCACGAUGAACCCCGGCUACGCGGGCCGCACCGAACUGCCUGAGUCGGUGAAGGCUCUCUUCAGACCGGUGGUGUGCAUCUUACCAGACCUGGAGAUGAUCUGCAUGAUAUCGCUGUUCUCUGAUGGGUUCCUUACUGCCAAAGUGUUAGCUAAAAAGAUGACAGUCUUAUACAAAGUGGCUAGAGAACAGCUAUCAAAGCAGUCCCACUACGACUGGGGAUUGCGGGCUUUGACUGCGGUGCUGCGCAUGGCGGGGAAACUCCGAAGAGACUCCCCCGGACUAAGCGAAAUCAUGGUGCUGAUGAGAGCUCUGAGAGACAUGAACUACCCGAAAUUCGUGUUCGAAGACGUACCUCUAUUUCUGGGCCUGAUCAAGGAUCUGUUCCCGGGAUUGGAAUGCCCGCGAGUCGGCUACCCGGAGUUCAACGCGGCCGUCAUUGAUGUACUAGAGACUGACGGAUACAUUGUACUGGCGCAUCAGGUAGACAAAGUAGUGCAACUCUACGAGACGAUGAUGACGCGGCACUGCUCUAUGCUGGUGGGCCCUACAGGCGGCGGCAAGUCCGUCAUCUUACAGACCUUAGUCAAGGCGCAAACCAACCUGGGUCUUUCUACCAAGCUCCAAGUUCUCAACCCCAAGGCGUGUUCUGUGAUUGAACUUUAUGGUAUCCUAGAUCCAGUUACCAGAGACUGGACUGAUGGGCUCUACUCUAAGAUAUUCCGUGAAAUGAACAGGCCAGCAGAAAGAGACGAGCGUCGAUAUUCGCUAUUCGACGGCGACGUAGACGCCCUCUGGAUAGAGAACAUGAACUCAGUCAUGGACGACAACCGUCUGCUGACGCUCGCGAACGGUGAACGAAUUCGGCUCGCGCCGUAUUGCUCGCUGCUGUUCGAAGUCGGUGACCUGAACUAUGCGUCGCCUGCGACUGUGUCGAGAGCUGGAAUGGUGUUCGUUGACCCUAAGAAUUUGGGAUACCAGCCUUAUUGGGAUAGAUGGCUCCGCAGUCGCAACAAUGAAGAAGAGCGUGAGCAACUAGCUGGUCUCUUCGAACACUACGUAGCUGGUGCCAUCAACUACAUCGUGUUCGGCAUGUUCGGCCUACAGCAGCAGACGCCAUUGAAAACUAUAGUGCCGCAGACGCCGCUCAACUUGGUGGUACAGCUGUGCUACAUGAUCAGUGGACUGAUGCCUAAUAAAGAAGAUAGCAACGAGGAAAUUGACAGGACCGUGGUGGAGUGUGUCUUCAUGGUGUCUAUGUACAACAGCUUGGGGGCAUCGAUAGUGGACGAUGGCCGCUUCGACUUUGACAACUACAUCAAAAAGGCGUGUCCGAUGAUGCUCGUGGAAGACACAAUCGAGAAGAAAGCUACUACAAAACACUUCCCCAUGGGAUUCCCGAGUCUAUACGACUAUUGCCUGGAGCUAACCACACUGACAUGGGAAGCGUGGGAGUGGCUGGUGCCGACGUACGAGCAUGACAGGGACAUGAAGUUCCCGUCGAUUCUAGUCCCAACGGUGGACACGCUCCGGCUCACUUGGCUUAUCAAGAUCAUGGAGAGUGUGGAACGUCCAGUACUAUUAGUAGGUGACACUGGCACUUCAAAAACUGCAAUCAUCACAAACUAUCUGCAUGGAUUACCAGCUGAUAAAUACAUAAUUCAGCAAAUGAAUUUCUCAUCGCGCACGUCGUCGAUGGACGUGCAAAGAAACUUGGAGUCGGUUGUAGAAAAGCGAACCAAAGACACUUUUGGUCCUCCUGUUGGGAAGAAGAUGCUGGUAUUCAUAGACGAUAUGAAUAUGCCCAUUGUAGAUACAUACGGAACUCAACAGCCAAUAGCGUUGCUAAAACUACUGUUUGAAAGGAAAGGAUUCUACGACAGAGGCAAAGAUCUCAACUGGAAAAAUCUGAAAGACAUAGGAUUCAUUGCUGCUAUGGGCAAAGCUGGUGGAGGACGAAAUGAUGUCGAUCCACGUUUCAUAUCAAUGUUCUCAGUGUACAACUUGCAAUUUCCGUCGGAAAACACAUUGCGACACAUCUACGUGUCAAUACUUCAUGGUCACUUCAUAAUAUUCCCAGAUGAAAUUCAAGAAAUCGUCGACAAAAUUGUUCAAAUGACCCUAGAUUUGUACAAGAUAAUAAUCGUCGAUCUACCGCCAACGCCGGCGAAAUUCCACUACAUCUUCAAUCUUCGAGACCUGUCUCGCAUCGCGGCUGGCAUGUGCCUGACGCAUCCGAACUUCUUCAGCGAGAAGCGUGCUGUUGUACGCUGCUGGCGCAAUGAGUUUACGCGCGUUAUUUGCGACCGACUUAUCAACGUACAGGACAAUGAGCUGAUGCGUGGCCACAUUCAAGAGCACAUCGUGAAAUAUUUCCCUGAAGAGGAGCCAGUGGUGCUGGAAGAGAUUGUGGUGGCUGAGGAAGAUCUUGUCGUUGAAGAAGAGGAAGAUGAGUUUGGAGAAAAAAUAGUAAAACCAGCUGCCGCACCGUCUGUUGCGGCUGAGGCCGAACUGGAAAUAGAGGAGGAAGAAAUUGAAGUCGAAAAAGAACUUACGCUAGAAGAAUAUGUCCUUCGUGACCCCUUAUUGUUUGGUGACUACCGAAAUGCUUUAGAUGAGGAGGAAAUACGAUAUUACGAAGAUCUGCUUGACUACGAAGCUGUCUAUUUUCUCUUUCAAGAGAUAUUAGACGAAUUCAACGAGCGUAUCGGCAAAAUGUCUGUAGUGUUGUUCGAGGAUUGUCUCGAGCAUUUGACGCGCGCGCAUCGAAUCCUGCGCAUGGACCGAGGCAACGCCAUGAUCAUCGGCGUCGGCGGCUCCGGGAAGAAGUCCAUCUGCCGUCUGGCUUCAUUUGCUGCUGGUUGCGAAAUGUUCGAGAUCACGGUGACGCGGAACUACAACGAGAACACGUUCAAGGACGACAUGAAGCGGAUGUACAACCAGCUAGGUGUGGAUGGCAAGAAAACCGUAUUCCUCUUCACCGCAGCACAGAUCCUUGAAGAAGGCUUCCUGGAAUUUAUCAACAACAUCCUAAUGAUUGGGAUGAUCCCUGCGCUGUUUGGCGAUGAUGAAAAAGAUGGCAUCAUCAACGCCGUGCGCAACCAAAGCGCUGAGGCUGGAUAUGGUAUAGCCAAAGAUGCUGUAUGGAACUUCUUCUGCAACAAAUGCGCUGACAAUCUCCACGUGGUGUUGUCUAUGUCCCCCAGUGGUGAUAUUCUCAGAAAUAGAUGCCGCAGUUUCCCUGGCUUAGUGAACAACACUACCAUAGACUGGCAGUUCCCGUGGCCGAAACAAGCGCUGUUAGCUGUGGCUAACGUCUUUUUAGCUGAUGUCCAAAAGAUCCCCGACGAGUUCCGAUCCAUCAUAGUGGAGCAUGUAGUCCACGUGCACAUGUCAGUAGCGCGAUACUCUGUGGAGUUCCUUCUGAGGUUGAGAAGGAACAACUACGUCACGCCCAAACACUACAUGGACUUCCUCACCAACUACCUAUCUCUGUUGAAUGAGAAGGACGCCUUUAUUAUUGCUCAGUGCGAACGUCUAAUAGGCGGUCUAGCCAAAAUCGAAGAAGCAAACGUACAGUUGGAAGACUUGAAUGCUAAACUGGCGGUGCAAAAGAUCAUCGUCGCCGAACAGACUAAGGAAUGCGAGAUAUUGCUGAAAGAGAUUUCUACGGCAACCGAAGCAGCCGUGGUGAAACAGAACGUGGCUGCCAUCAAAUCGGUCGAAAUAACCGAGCAGAGCGUGGUUAUAGCCGAGGAAAAAUCUGAGGCUGAGGAGGCUCUCUCGGCAGCCUUGCCGGCGUUAGAAGCAGCCAGAUUGGCGCUAGCCGACUUGGAUAAGAACGAUAUUACGGAGAUUAGGUCUUUUGCUACACCGCCAGAAGCUGUACAAGUGGUAUGCGAAUGCGUGGUGAUCAUUCGUGGCAUCAAGGACGUGAGCUGGAAAGGUGCUAAGGGCAUGAUGGCGGACCCGAACUUCUUGCGCAAUCUGCAGGAGAUGAACUGCGACCUCAUCACACAGGCGCAAGUCAAGGCUGUCAAGGCGCACAUGAAGAAAAGUAAAAAGCUGGAUACCAUGCAGCAGAUCAGCAAGGCUGGAUACGGCCUCCUGAAAUUCGUCAUCGCCGUCCUCGGCUACUGCGCCGUCUACAAAGAGGUGAAGCCCAAACAGGACAAAGUGGAAGCUCUCGAGAAAGAAUACUCUGAAGCGGUCAACUACCUCGCCUCGCUGAACCGAGAGAUCGACCGGUUACAAAGAACUUUAGACGGCCUCAACAAUAGAUACGAUACAGCCAUGAUGCGACGACAGGAGUUGCAGGAAGAAACCGAUAUCAUGAUGCGACGAUUAGUCGCAGCUGAUAAACUUAUGUCUGGGUUGUCGAGCGAACAGGCGCGGUGGAAAAUAGAACUGGCAGCUUUAUACGUAGAACAAUCGAGACUGAUCGGGAACUGUCUGUUGGCCGCUUCGUUCCUGAGCUACGCGGGGCCAUUCUCGUUCUCGUUUAGGCAGACGAUGAUAUAUGAAGACUGGUUAGGCGAUGUGCUGGACAGAGGCAUUCCGCUCACACAACCUUUCACUAUUGAAAGGAAUUUGACCAAUGAAGUUGAGAUUAGCGGAUGGAACUCCGAAGGUUUACCACCAGACGAAUUGUCGGUACAGAAUGGUAUUUUGACAACUCGCGCGUCGCGAUUCCCGCUUUGCAUCGACCCUCAAACACAGGCCCUCACAUGGAUUAAGAAGAAGGAAGCCAAGAACAACCUUAAGGUGCUGUCGUUCAACGACCCUCAGUUCCUGCGUCAGCUGGAGAUGGCCAUCAAGUACGGGCUGCCGGUGCUGUUUCAAGACGUCAACGAGUACAUCGACCCCGUCGUCGACAACGUACUGGAGAAGAACAUCAAAAUUGAAGGCGGGCGUACCUUCGUUAUGCUGGGCAGUUCCGAAGUGGACUACGACCCGAAAUUCCGCAUGUACCUUACCACAAAACUGGCCAACCCGCAGUUCAACCCUGCUGCUUACGCCAAGGCCGUGGUCAUCAACUACACCGUCACUGUACAGGGUCUAGAAGACCAGCUACUCAGCGUGGUGGUCCGCGCCGAGCGUUCCGACCUCGAAGAGCAACGAGAGUCUCUGAUCAUCGAGACCAGCGCCAAUAAGAGUCUUCUGUCCGGCCUCGAGGACUCUCUACUGCGAGAACUGGCCACUUCCACCGGCAACAUGUUAGACAACGUGGAGCUCGUCAACACGCUCGAGAACACCAAGUCCAAGGCUGCUGAGGUCAUGGAAAAACUAGCACUGGCAGAAGCAACCACAAAGGACAUCGAAAAGUUCCGUGAUGGCUACCGACCCGUGGCGAAGCGAGGCUCCAUCCUAUUCUUCGUGCUAUCAGACAUGGCAGGCGUGAAUUCUAUGUACCAGUACUCAUUAUCUUCGUAUCUUGAUGUGUUUUCGUUUUCGCUACGUAAGGCAAUGCCAAAUGUAAUCCUGGCCAGACGUCUAAGGAAUAUCAUCGAUAUGUUGACCAAAAACGUGUAUGAUUAUGGUUGCACAGGUAUAUUCGAACGGCACAAGCUCCUGUUCUCUUUCCAAAUGGACAUAAAGCUGGAACAAAGCGAGGGCAACGUGAGCCAGAUGCAACUGGACUUCUUCAUCAAGGGGAACGUUUCUCUUGAGAAGUCGCCUACGCCUUGCCCGGCUUCUUGGAUACCAGCUCAGGGAUGGCAAGAUAUCAUGAAGCUGAGUUUAGACUUCGAGAUAUUUUCAACUCUUCCCGACAACAUUGCCAGAGGCCUCGACGUCUGGCAAGAGUGGUUCGACAGCGACACCCCAGAGUCUGCGGAAAUCCCGAACAACUACCGGGACAUUCUUCAGCCCUUCGAGAUUCUGAUGCUUCUGCGAUGUUUCCGCGUCGACCGUAUUUACCGAGCGCUCACAGACUACAUCACCGUCACUAUGGGCGAGGAGUACAUCACGCCGCCCGUCAUCAGCUUGGACAUGAUAGUGGAGCAGACCACGCCGUAUACCCCGGUGGUGUUCAUCCUAAGCCCCGGCUCCGACCCGACAGCCGACCUGGUGAAGCUGGCCGACCGCUGCGGCUUCGGUGGCGGGAAGUUCAAGUAUCUGUCGCUGGGACAGGGGCAGGAGGGGGCUGCCUUAGCCCUGCUUGAGGGCGCCAUCUCCCACGGCCAGUGGCUGAUCCUUCAGAACUGCCACCUGCUGGUGUCCUUCCUGCGCGAGCUGGAGAAGCAACUAGAGCUCAUGGAGAAGCCGCACCCCGAGUACCGGCUGUGGCUCACCACUGACCCCACGCCCACCUUCCCCAUCGGCAUCCUGCAGCGCUCGCUGAAAGUGGUGACGGAGCCUCCGAACGGUUUGAAGCUCAACCUUCGCAACACUUACUUCAAGAUGCGGACACAUGCUUUGGAAGAGUGUCCUCACCCUGCCUACAAGAAGCUUGUAUACGUGCUGGCCUUCUUCCACGCUGUCGUGCAGGAGCGUCGCAAGUACGACAAGAUCGGCUGGAACAUAUCGUACGACUUCAGCGAGUCGGACUUCGUGGUGAGCAUGCAGAUUCUGCAGUGCUACCUGGAGCGCUGCCACGCCGCCAAAGGACCCAUACCCUGGUCCACGCUCAAGUAUCUCUUCGGGGAGGUGAUGUACGGCGGCCGAGUGAUAGACGACUUCGACCGGCGCGUGGUGCGGACUUACAUGGAGGAGUAUAUGGGAGAGUUUUUGUUCGACAAGUUCCAGCCCUUCCAUUUCUACAAGGACUCGGUUUUCGACUACGUCAUCCCGCCGGACGGCGAGAGAGAUCAGUACAUAGAAUUCAUCGACGUGCUACCCCUUGCGAAUACGCCAGAAGUGUUCGGGCUUCAUCCUAACGCUGAGAUCGGGUACUUCAGCCAGGCCGUGCGCGAGAUGUGGGGACACUUGAUCGAAUUGCAGCCGCAGACAAGCGACUCGGGCGGCGCGAUGAGCCGCGAGGACUUCAUCGACAUGAUCGCGGUGGACGUGCUGGGCAAGCUGCCGCCGCUGUUCGAGAUCUGGCGCGUGCGCAAGCAGUUCGAGAUGAACAUCACGCCCACGCUCGUCGUGUUGCUGCAGGAGCUUGAGAGAUUCAAUCGCCUCGUGGGACGGAUGCGUAGCACGCUAUCUUUACUACGCAAGGCUUUGGCCGGCGAGAUUGGCAUGGACGCGGUACUGGACAACGUAUCCUACAGCCUGUUCAACGGGCAGCUGCCUCAAGUAUGGCGGAGCCUCGCACCCGCUACUUGCAAGGGGCUGGGCGGCUGGAUGGAUCACUUCACCACACGAACUAAGCAGUACACCGACUGGGCAACGAUGGAGGAGCCGAUCGUGAUCUGGCUAUCAGGGCUUCACAUCCCGGAAUCGUACCUCAUCGCGCACAUCCAGAUCGCGUGCCGCCUCUACACGUGGCCGCUCGACCGCUCCACGCAGUUCACACGUGUCACUAAGUGGACUAACGCGGACGACAUCGAGGAGCGUCCGGUCACUGGCUGCUACGUGCGAGGCCUGUAUUUGGAAGGCGCGCGCUGGGACCUAACAGACGGCUGCCUGCGCCGCUCGCACCCCAAGGUGUUGGUCACCGAACUGCCCAUCAUGUACAUCAUCCCCAUCGAGUUCCACAAGCUCAAGCUGCAGAACACCCUACGGACGCCGGUAUACACGACGUCGCAACGCCGCAACGCGAUGGGCGUCGGACUGGUGUUCGAGUCGGACCUCUGGACCACGGAGCACUACAGCCACUGGGUGCUUCAGGGAGUCUGCCUCAUCAUGAACACUGACUGAUUACAUAUAGUUUACUUCCAAAGCAUGAAUGGAUCAUAUUCAAGCAUGAAUGGAUCUUAUUCUAAUAGUUUUUGAAUGCAAACAAUGUUUGAUUGCAAUACUACAUAUAAAUAAGUACACAAGAUCAAUGUUUUUAACUAGUCUAUAGUUAUACCAUUAAUGCUAUAACAUAAAGCUUGUGUGCAAUGACUAAGUAAUGUACCUGAAAUUGAACUAUUUUUAAUUUUAUUCAGUAUUAUUAGAUUUAUUACAUUUAAA